CUCUCUCCCCCCAAAUAUCCUUUCAUCCAUUGUUUCCGGCGAUUGCUUGUCUCACUAUUUCCGAUUAAACCCAUUUGUUCCCUCUUAUCAAUCUCAUCGCUCCUGAAGAAAUAAUUUGAUUACCGUAAGAAGAUGCGGAUUGUAAUCAAGUUUCCCAAUCUCGGGUUCUUCGAAUCAGAUCAUGAAGUGUUUCAAUUUGAUUUUACUAAGUUAGCAGUCUAACAGAUUCAAUCUUAAUUUCUAUUUUGUGUGCGGUAUGGGCGAAAGAACAAACAAUGGGAUGGAAAAUUUAUCUAUACAGACAAAGAGCAUGUUUCCAAGAGAUUUGUUACAGAGAUUUACAGUUGGUACUUCCGGUGCCGGAGCUCCGAGAAGAUCCGAUCCAGAAGAAGAUCUGGGUUCGGUUUCCGGCGAGGAGGUGGAGUUGAAUCUGGGGUUGUCGUUAGGGGGACGAUUUGGUGUUGACAAGAGUAAUACUAAGUUGAUGAGGUCAUCUUCAAUUGCUACGAUUUUGCCUGUGGUGCGAGACGACGACGUUUUGGGUGGUGGUCACGGCAAUCCGGUUCCGGGUCGGUCUUAUGCCGGCCUUAUCAGGACGUCAUCCUUGCCGGUGGAGACGGAGGAGGAAUGGAGAAAGAGAAAGGAGCUUCAGAGCUUGAGGAGGCUAGCCGCCAAGCGACGCCGGUCGGAGAAGCAAAGAAAUUUGACCAAGGGGGAGAGAGAUGAGUACGUGGCAGCCAUGAGCCGCGUGGGAUCCUCUGCUGGACCGCCGUUCCGGUCGACUAAAUGGGCAUCAGGUGGUGCAACCGAUGCUUAUUCCGGUGGCGGUGCAACCAGAGGUGGCGGUGGCGGGUUGUCGUCGCAGACGUCGAUGGAGUCGCAAGGGAGUAUGUCAGAGUUUGAGAGUAGGCACCGGCAAGGAUCAAGUGGUAAUGGCGGUGAAACAAGCUCGCUACAAGAACGAAAGAGCCAUGAUGCAACCGGUUCUAACCCACCGGAGGGGGAGGCUCCGGCCAAGAAACAAGGGAAAGAGAUCGGGUCGUGUUCAAUAGAGGAGAUGCCGUGCGUUUUCACCCAAGGAGACGGUCCAAACGGGAGGGUAAUCGAAGGAAUUUUGUACAAGUAUGGAAGAGGGGAACAAGUGAAGAUAAUGUGCGUUUGUCAUGGGAGCUUUUUGUCGCCGGCGGAGUUUGUGAAGCAUGCGGGCGGAACCGAUGUCGAUCAUCCAUUGAAACAUAUUGUAGUGAAACCCAGUUCAUCGUUUUCUUGAUGAUGAAGAUGGGGGUGUUGAUUGUUUAAUGGAUGUGUUUAGAUGUUUGUAUAGUAUUAAUUGUUAUCGAUUUUGAGCUUGGAUAAAUGAUCCUUGGAUAAAAAGCAUAUAACAUCUGUAUGGGGAUUGUAGUUUAUAUAUUAAUGGAAUUAUAAGGAUUAGCAAUU